CUAUGGCGUUUUCUAUUGUAAACGUCAGACGGAUUUAACCUUACUAUUUAAUUGAAUUUGUCGAUAUUGUACGUGAAAUAUUUCAAAUUAUAACUGCUACAGUAAGUGAUAUAUCAGUUUAAUUAGUCAGCAAAUCUAUUAUCUGAAUAAUUAAUUUAACGACACGUGCGACAUUUUUACCAAUAAUCAAUUUUAUCAUUCUAAAAAGGUACCUGCGCACGUUGCUGAUUCCUUUAAAAACUACGUAAAACAUUGUGAAUAUGAAUACAUUUCCUGAUGAAAUAUACGCCAGUAGGUCACCGAACACUACACUAUCAACAACCGGUAAAGUUUUACUAGGCUUAACAGGUGGAUUAGCUGUCGGCCUUACAGUUAUUUGUGCCCCGUUUGUUAGUCCUGCACUGAGAAAGUAUUGCCUGCCUUAUAUCCCAGCCACAAAUACACAAGUAAACAAUAUACUAACAGCUUUACAAAAUCGAAAGGGACAAUUGAUAGAUUUAGGUUCAGGGGAUGGAAGAAUAGUUUUUGAAACAGCAAAAAAUGGUUUUGCUUCAUCAGGAGUAGAACUUAACUUGUGGUUAGUGUUAUACAGUAAAGUACAAGCCCAAUUAAAUGGUUUGAGCAAAAAGACAAAAUUUCUGAGGAAGGAUUUGUGGAAAUUCAAUUUGUCCCAGUACGACAAUAUAGUCAUAUUUGGGGUUGAGCAGAUGUAAUUUUUCCAAAAAAUCGGAAAAUUCUGUUAAGGGAAUAUUAAAAGUACUUUUCUUUCACGACGGCUUUCGUCCGAUUUUUUACGAAA